UAGAAGUGAUCUUUGUUAUAAGAUUGUAUAAAAAGUCAUACACCCUGUCCGCAGAAGCGUUAAAUAUUUAUUGGUUUCCAUGAAUUUCUUUAUGAAAUCAAUAAAUUUCCGUGACCAUUGCAAUCAAAAUUUUAUGAACUUUGUUUACUUUAUUAUGCACACGAUGUAUAAUUAAUUUGUGUACAUCACGUCUUUGCAAAGUUUGAAAAGUUUCCGUGGUAUGAAAGACAGAUCAUAUUAAAUUAAGACACGAGUUAGCACAUUAUUAUUCAUAGCUCUAAAAUAUCAAUAUUCCUCCCGAAGUAAUGCAGGCUCAAUAAUAUAAAGAAAAAAAAAAACAUGAAAAAACGGGGAUUUGCUGAAUAUUUUUGGCUAAAUAAAUUUAUUAUGAAAUCAUGUGGCGUAAUCCCAUUAGCUAAUAAUUAUUUCUUGGUAAAUCUCAUUAUUACUAUUAUGCCAUUCAUAACUUCGGGGUUUCUUGCAAUACCGGCUGCUUACACGUUAUUAUUUAAUUGGAAAAAACUUAAUUCUAUCGAAAAAGCAAAUAUAUUUAGUGACCAUGUAGAACUUAUUGUCGCUAUUAUAAAAGUUGCAGCAAUUCUUCCGCAACGGCAGAAAUUGAUUAAACUGACUCAAAUGUGUUCUGAGCUAUGGGAAGACAUAGACUAUGACCAUGACUAUCAGAAGAUUUGUAACUUUGCAGAUGGAGCAUUGCGCAUUACUUACGGUUUUACUUUCAUUGUAGUGUUUGCUCUGAUCAGUAUUCUUAUGGUACCGGCAAUCACAGAUAUUUUAGUAAUUAUGAAUUCUACCACCGCCGAAAGCAAACAGUUACCAUAUUCGACUGGAUAUUUUCACGAUAUAAAAAAUAGUUUUAAUAUUUGGUAUGGAUUACAAAUCAUAGCAGGCUUUAUCAGCAUCACACAAAUACUGGCUCCCGAUACCUCUUAUGUAUUUUUGACUUUUCAUGGUUGUGUGCAUGCGAGAAUUUGUCAAUUGAACUACAGUAAAAUCAAGCGAUAUACUAUAAAUGACGAAGAACAAUCUUCUAUUUCUUGGAAUUUCAUGUUAAAAUGUAUACAUCGCCACCAAAAAAUAUUAGAGUAUGCACAUCUUAUCGAAGGAGUUUUCUCUCUUGUUAUUCUAAUACAAAUGCUUCUUAGUAUUACAACAAUUUGUAUUUUUGGAUUUAAUCUUUUAUUCCAAGAUGCUGAAAAAAUGAAAUACGCUAUCCACUUAUUUGGUGCAGUAGUACAAUUAUUAUUCUUUUGUUGGCCUGCACAAGAUUUACAAAAUGAGACUAUUGCAGUGGCUGAUGCUGUUUAUGAUCUUCCUUGGAUGGAUUGGUCUAAGAAAGACCGUCAAAUAAUAGAAAUAAUAAUCGCUCGAUCACAAAACUUUGCAAAAAUAACAGUUGGAAAAUUUUCUGUGAUUUCCAUUGAAACUUUUUCAUCGACUCUUUCAACAGCAGUUUCAUUUUUUUCGGUUCUUCGACAUGUUGUUUAAUGUACAAAUAGAUUUUGUUAAAUUUUGGCUGAUUUAUGAACAAACUAAACUGAGCCAGACGAUAUCGAUUCGAUAACAUAUAGUCUCAACUUUUAUUAGAUUUUCAAAAAUAUUCCAUCUGAAGAAUAACGAUUUGCUGAAUUAUUGACAAAUUUAUGACACAAUAUAAUACUCAAAGCUUUUUUUGUACUUCGACAGUAUUAUUAUCAAAAAUAUCAAUAACCAAUCAACAAAAAUGGGAAUUCGACAAUUUUGAGUGGUUGUUUUAUGAAAGUUAUAAACAAAUACUAAAAUGUUUGAAAAUCAAAUGUAAACACCUCGAACGCUGGCGCUAAAAUAUAUAUCUUUAAUA